AUGUCUGAUGCUUAUAUAGCUGAUUGUGUAACUCAAAUCGGUGAACUGCAAGACUUUCUCACCACUUAUAAAAACUGCAAUAUAAAUUUAGUGAAAAUAAUGGAGAAGAUUUGCGACACACCUCUUAUUGAAUUUGAUAUCUACAAUGUAUUUGAGAUAAGUUUUUUGCGUAAAACAAUAAGAAAUAUGCAAGAAGUAGCCGCCGCUCGCAUAUUGGAUAUGUAUAAAGAAAUUAUAACUUAUGUGAUUAUUGUUUAUGAAGGUUUCGAAGCAUAUAUAACACAGAUGGCCGGGCAUUGGAUUAAAUACGUUAAGAGAUGGGAUAGAUUAUUGGAGGACGCCCUCCGUUUAUCGAUAAAGGCCACGAUGCAAAAUAUGUACAAGGCAGUUCACGGGGAUGGUACAAUGGCACCUGCACCUUUGAUUAAAAUGAACUUAUAUUUGUCUAGUAUCAAUACAAUAGUCUAUAUACCCAGUCGUGACGAACUCGUUGACACGUUCACUACUAUCCUUGAGGAAAUUAUCCAUCUCAUUGGAACAGUUCCAAGAUUGUAUGAAAAGUUCGGUCUGCCCGCUGGCGGGCUUAAGAAGUUUAAAGAAGUCAUACUAACAGACGCAGACAGCAACAAAUUACAAUCACUUAUAGACGCUGAAAUUGAUUACAAUAUUACUCUAAUAAACGAUCACAUACGCAUGUGGGAUCCUUACUCUCAUAUAUGGAAAAUAAACAAAGACGAAUUCAUGAUUAAAUAUCGAAACGAAAUGCACACGGCGGCUGAUUUUGACGCCUUGAUCAUCAACUACAGUGAUUUGGCCAACGCCGUUCAAAUACAGGAAACUACAAACCAGAUACAUUUCGUAACACUUAACUCUAGUGAACUUAAAAAAUCAAUCAUUGCUCAUUGCCUUGUUUGGCAAACUAAAUUGGGAGAAUUGCUCAGGAAAAUUACGGAAGCUGAUAUUGACGUCGUUUAUAGUUACACGGAGCAAAGCAGCACUGACGCUAUGACUAUGCCGUCGGAUUUGAAAGAGUUGGCUUCGGCCAUGGCCACGUAUGAGCGUUUGGUAUCAGAGAUUCCGACUAUUGAGAAAACUUUCCCGCCAAUAACCGAAAAAAUGACGACUUUAGCCAAAUUUGAGGUGGAACUGAGUUCAGAUAUGACAACUCGACAUGAAAAUAUUCCUGUGAUGUGGGCUGAAUAUUUGGCACUCUUGGAAGAAGCUAAAAAAGCUUUGGAGUUAAAUAAGGAUAAGUUUAAAACUGAACUACUCGUACAAGCUGAGGAAUUCAAAGAGGCGGCCAAAGAUUUUUGUGAAGAUUUUUACAAAACUGCUCCCUGCAGUUCCGAUGUAACUGGCAAAGAUGCCCUGUCCCAACUCAAAGCUUACAGAGACCAUCUCAAUGCACUUAGAGCACAAGAGCAACAGAUCAGAGAUGGACUUGCAGUUUUUAAUUUGACGACGCCGGUGAACCUCGACCUACAAAAGAUGGAAAAGGAACUGGAAAAAUUGGAGGAAGUUUGGGGACUAGUGUUCCAAUGGGAAGAGUCUUGGGAGAAAUAUAAAACACAAACAUUUUGGGAAAUGGAGACAGACGAAAUGGAAGACAACGUCAUGUUCCUUUUCAGAAACUUUAAUCGCCUCUCACGCCAGCUGAAAGACAAGGGCUGGGAUAUCAUUGAUACUACUAGGGUGAAGGUUGAUGCAUUUAGACGCACGUUACCUUUGAUUAAUGAUCUCAAAAACCCUUGUAUGAGGGAGAGACAUUGGGACAGAAUAAAAACUCUAAUGGGAGUAGAAUUUGACCAAAACUCUGAAGAUUUCAAACUUGAAUUGAUAAUGAGACUCAAUUUCCAAGCAUACGCUGAAGAUAUCGCUGAAAUAUCUAACGCUGCGACGAUGGAGUUGAAUAUUGAGAAUGGUCUUAAAAGUAUUCGCGAGAUUUGGAAAUCUACCACCUAUGAAAUGCAACAUCAUAGGGGUGAAAUGUAUAGAAUAAAAAAUGUAGAAGAUGUUAUGCAGUUUUUGGAAGACCAUCAAGUUCAGUUAUCUUCUAUGAAAUCAACAAAGUAUGUGGAACCAUUUAUCAAAGAAGUUGAUUAUUGGGAGAAAUCAUUGGGAUAUCUAGCAGAAUGUAUAGAGAUUGCUUUACAAGUACAGCGUCGUUAUUUAUAUCUCGAGAGUAUAUUUAGUGGAGAAGACAUUAGAAAACAACUACCAAACGAGGUUCUGAUAUUUGAUGCGCUAACAGCUGACUGGACAGAAAUAACUAGCAACAUGUACGCUGGGAAAAAUGCCAUUGAAGCAUGUCUUUACAAGCCGGCACCAUAUUUGUUUAAUAAGCUCAAUACAAUGGUUGAUAAUUUAGAUGGUAUUCUAAGAGCUCUUGAAAAGUAUCUCGAAACCAAGAGACAGCUUUUCCCAAGAUUUUAUUUUAUUUCAAAUGAUGAUCUGCUCGAGAUAUUAGGAAAUUCAAAAAAGCCACAAUUAAUUCAAGUUCAUUUGAAGAAGCUUUUUGAUAAUGUUAAUAAAAUUAGAAUUGACAAGAAAUGUAAUAUAAUUAUUAUGGCAACAACAAUAGUGCCGCCUUCAGUUGUCAAAUUUGAAUUUUCUUCUAUUAUGUCAAAAGUUUUACAAAACGCGGUGCUGGGUGCAUGA